UUUCAUCACUUAUUUUUUCGUCAAUUAUAAAUAUGGGGUCUAGGUAUCUCAUUGUUUAGCCAACUUUUCUGAGAUUGUGUGUGUGUGUGUGUGUGAAAUUCACUUUCCUUGACACAUAUGCAUACUAUCAGCAUGGCCACCGGAAAUGGAAAUCACGAGGCACAACAAACAGAGGAAGACUUUGAACAAUUUUAUGAGACGUGGAAGAAGCAGCAGAACCAGCAUCUUCAAGAACUCAUCACUGCAUCAGAACAAGUUUCAUCCCCAACAGCGCCAACAGACGGGAUCACGGCUUGUUCCUCCUCAUCACCACCACCACCAACAGACGGGAUCACGGCAACAAAUUUGAGCAACUUGGUGAAACGCGUGGUCGAACACUAUGAAGAGUACUACAAAACCAAGUCAGAAUGGGCAGACAAAAAUAUAUUGCAAAUAUUGUCACCCCCAUGGACGAGUUCUCUUGAGGAUGCAUUCCUUUGGAUUGGUGGAUGGAGACCCACCAUGGCUAUCCAUCUUCUCUACUCAAAAUCAAGUUUACAGUUCGAAUCCAAAUUCAAUGUUUGGAUGCAGGGAAAAUUGACUAAGCAUGAUCUUGGCGAUUUGACACAGAGUCAAAUCAGUCUAAUUGACGAGCUGCAGAAGAAUACAAUCAUUGAGGAGAAGGAAAUAACUGGAAAGAUGGCCAAGCAGCAGGAGAAGGCGGCCGGUGCAGACAUGGUGGAGCUGAGUCAUUUGGUGAGUGAGGCACUGCGUGAAGAAGAAAAGGGAACGAAAGCAAGGGAUCACGAAGCCGAACAGAGCCAGGCUGAGUCAAGUCUGAAUCCCAAGGAGAAAGGGUUUAAGAAGAUCUUAGAAAAGGCUGAUAAUCUUAGGCUGAGAACCCUUAAGAGUAUAAUUGAGACAUUAUCUGCAACACAGGCUGUUCACUUCUUGAUUGCUGCUGCUGAACUUCACCUGAGGCUACACGAGUGGGGAAAAGCCAGGGAUGAAGGGCAACUCUCUGGCGGAGCUGGCCAUCCCAUUUUCCAACAAGAAGCCUGAAGAUUGUAUUUGUUUGUGUCGAUUUCUGAGAGGGAGGGGUUUUUAUUUUCUUGGCAGCUUAUAGUUGUUUAGGGCUUCAAGUUUAUAAAACUACCUUAAUUACCGUUGGUU